UCCCUCCAUCAGUGUUGGUGACCCAGCCCCGGACCGCUUGCUGCAGGACCCUUCCUGAGCAGCAGCAGCUGCGUCCUGCUGGCUGACUCCCCUCCCUCCCCUGCUUCCUGUCCUUGGUCAGACAAGGCUACAGCCUCCUCUCCCCAACCCCUCAUCUUAUACUUCCACACACACACUCUCACUCGAGUGCUUUCUUGUUGACCACACGUUCCAACACCACUUUAGACUACCAGCGCUGAUCGGAGAGAUCAUCAGCAGGGGACUUCUACCCCGCCCCCUGGUCACCCUGAAGUGAGCAGCCACUAUAGAGGUCCUCCCUUUCACCUACACCACAGCAUCCAGCAUGACCUCCAUGUCCAGUCUCUUCUCUUUCACGAGCCCAGCGGUGAAACGCCUGCUCGGCUGGAAGCAGGGAGACGAGGAGGAGAAAUGGGCCGAGAAGGCGGUGGACGCGCUCGUGAAAAAGCUGAAGAAGAAGAAGGGCGCCAUGGAGGACCUGGAAAAGGCUCUGAGCUGCCCUGGGCAGGACAGCAAGUGCGUAACCAUUCCACGUUCGCUAGACGGCCGGCUGCAGGUCUCCCACAGGAAAGGUCUGCCUCACGUAAUCUACUGUAGAGUGUGGCGCUGGCCGGACCUCCAGUCCCACCACGAGCUCAAGCCCCUGGAGGUGUGCGAGUACCCGUUUGGCUCCAAGCAGAAGGAGGUCUGCAUCAACCCGUAUCACUACAAGCGGGUGGAGAGUCCUGUGCUCCCUCCGGUUCUGGUACCGCGGCACAGCGAGUUCAACCCACAACACAGCUUGCUGGUACAGUUCCGCAACCUCACCCACAACGAACCGCACAUGCCCCUGAACGCCACCUUUCCAGAGUCCUUCCAGCAGCCACAUAGCGGGGGCGGCGGAGGAGGUGGAGGCGGUUCGUUCCCCAUCUCUCCCAACUCUCCGUAUCCCUCUUCUCCAGCCAGCAGCGGUACUUAUCCCAACUCUCCGGCCAGCUCGGGGCCCUCCAGUCCAUUCCAGCUCCCAGCUGACACCCCACCCCCGGCCUACAUGCCCCCUGACGAGCAGCUGGGCCAGGAGAGCCAGUCCAUGGAGACCAGCACCAGCCUGGUGGCUCCGAACGUGGCCAGAGGAGAUGUGCAGCCAGUGGAGUAUGAGGAGCCGAGCCACUGGUGCUCCAUUGUCUAUUAUGAACUUAACAACCGUGUCGGCGAGGCUUACCACGCCUCGUCAACCAGUGUGCUGGUGGACGGCUUCACCGACCCUUCGAACAACAAGAACCGCUUCUGCCUCGGGCUGCUGUCCAACGUCAACCGCAACUCCACCAUCGAGAACACGCGCAGGCACAUCGGCAAAGGAGUGCACCUGUACUACGUGGGAGGGGAGGUGUACGCAGAGUGCCUCAGUGACACCAGCAUUUUCGUCCAGAGCCGUAACUGCAAUUACCAUCACGGCUUCCACCCGACCACUGUGUGCAAGAUCCCCAGUGGGUGCAGCCUCAAGAUUUUCAACAACCAGGAGUUCGCUCAGCUUCUGGCCCAGUCGGUCAACCACGGCUUUGAGGCCGUGUAUGAGCUCACCAAGAUGUGCACCAUCAGGAUGAGCUUUGUCAAGGGCUGGGGAGCCGAGUAUCACCGACAGGACGUCACCAGCACCCCCUGCUGGAUCGAGGUGCACCUGCACGGGCCCCUGCAGUGGCUGGACAAGGUGCUCACACAGAUGGGUUCGCCCCUCAACCCAAUCUCCUCUGUGUCCUAAUAAUGGACUUGUGGGAGCUUGGGAGAUCCCUUCUACUAUAUUUCGAAUUCUCUUUUUUUUUUUUUUUUACUUUUCUUUUCCCCUACCUUCCCUCAGCGAUUCAUAAUUUAAGGUGGUCUUAAUGGCUGAACUGUUUACACCUAACUUUGGGAAGGUAUAUUGAACUUUGGCUGGAUAUUUGACAACAGCAACAGCCGGAAUGAGUUGUUGAAACGGAGUACCGUUGCGUGCGGAUGCCCGGAGAAAGAGUGGUAACGGCAUGGACACACUGCUGCUCGACAAUGCGACGAAACCCGCAAGGAUCGAGGGCUCCGCUAUCACAUUUGAAUCUGUCAAAUGGUCCUUUUUUUUUUUUUUUUGCAUCAAGAUUUUAUUGUUUUUCUCAAAUGUUUUUAUUUCUCUGAAUGUGUAGUUUUUUUUUUUUUACGUAGCAGACCAGUCUCACUACUCCGCCUUAUGUCCGACAGACAAAUUGGAAUUCUAUUUCUCACAUCGUUGUCUCAACAUCAGAUAUUUACAAUGAAGACCGACACGAGGAGGUUUACCAUCAGGCUCGGAUCUUAUGGACGCUUUUCUUUCUUUUUAAAAAAUGUUUUUAAAUGGUCUCUACUGCUAAAAAUGAACACUAAGCUACUGCCUUUUUCAGAAGGUGAUGUAUGCCGACCUGAUAGUUUUUGAUAUGGGAGAUCAAUCACUGAACACGUUUAACAUGCCAUAAGCUAACAACAUUGUUAACGUUACAUCUAUUGCAGCAGAAGUAGUAGUCUAUGAUAUAAUCACACAAUGGACAUCGUCGUUAUUGAUUCUUGUUUGGACUAGAGUUUAAGUCAGAGUGACUGUAUUCUACCAUACUCACUGUAUUAACAAUAUUGUGCACUCGUGGAUUUUGUGCAGGCAUAUUACAUUUUGACGUGGGUACCAAGGCAUUAUGUUGAUAGAUAAUUUACUUCAUUAGUGCAGUGAAAUAAACAGGUUAUUUGUUAACAAUGA